UUGUGACAUUAGGUUGUUGUAAUUUGUUUACGUUGUUUUCGACACGUUACUAUUGUAUAAAUCAAAUUAAAUUAAAUUUGUAAUUUAGUUGAAAAAUUACUUACUAUUGGUUAUGAUUGUUUAAACAACACAUAAACGCAGGCAAUAUAACGUGUUAUUAAUAAUGUAUCUUGUCGGAGCUGAGUGCAUGACUUUGUACCUUGAUAAGAUUAUUUAAUUGGCGUUCAGUAAUUAUUAUAUCCUUUGUUUGUAAGUUAACAAGGGCAUUAUACGAAACGUGGUCGCGAUGGGUGCACGGAGCGGCGCGAACCAAUCCUACAGUCAUGUCGAGUCGGUGCAACAGGCAGCGCAUACGUCUCGCAGCAAAGGAUGGUUGCGGGGCGCGCGUGUGCAGUGCCUAUGCGCAUGCGUCACUAUCGCAUUCUUCUUGUUAACCAUCGUUCUGUACAAAGUGAGUCAGUCACUGGAGUCUGAUGAGGCGCCAUCACCAAACGACCUAGAGAAGAUUGCUUAUCGAGCGCGCGUUUACUCGCAGCUUGCAACGGAGGGUAUUGAAGAACCCGCGCCGCAGACGGUGCCACUACUACUUGAAUCUACUGCUAAUAGAGAAGUGGUUGUUUCAUGUUACUACAACACACCCGGCAAUGGUGAGAGCAACCAGUUAUUGCCCUCUAAUGUGCAUCCACACUUGUGUACACACAUCAAUGUUGCCUUUGCCCGCAUAGUAAACAAGGAGAUUUAUUUGGACAAUUCCCAAUAUGAAACAUUGAGACAAAUAGUUACUCUAAAAAAUCUAAAUCCAAAACUGAAAAUCUUACUUUCGGUUGGUGGUGCAGGCGGUGACAAAGGGUUCCCAGAAAUGGUUGUUAACCAUGCCGCUCGUAAAGUAUUUAUAAGAUCUAUUAAAGCUAUUUUAAAAAAUUAUACUUUGGAUGGAAUAGACCUGGAUUGGGAAUUCCCAGCAAUGUACCAGAGGUCUAUAGAAGAGUCUGGUGGCCGUGAGCGCCAACACUUCUCUCAGCUUCUCCGAGAGAUCAGGAUGGAGUACAUUAGGGAAAAACACAAUUACUUACUCACAGUGGCAGUGCCCGCACCAGAAACACUUGUAGAUAUAUCAUAUGAUGUGGAUCAGCUCAACAUGUAUGUGGACUAUGUGAAUAUCAUGACUUAUGAUUUCCAUUAUUACACUAAGUAUACUCCCUUCACAGGACUCAACUCUCCAUUGUACCCGAGACCAAUGGAACAAUUUUAUUUGGCAUCGCUUAACAUCAACUACACUGUCCAUAUGUAUCUAAAUAAAGGACUUGAUAAGAGUAAGAUUGUAGUGGGGAUCCCAACAUAUGGACACACUUUCAUGCUGGUUAAUCCAGAUAAUCCCAGCAUUGGAAGUCCUGCAUCCGGGUUCGGAUCUCUAGGCCAGAUGGGUUUCGUCAACUACCCUGAUGUAUGUAUGUACCUCAGAGGUUCUGGAGAUGGUGCCCAAGUGGUGUUUGAUAAUGCGACGCGCGUGCCCUACAUGUACAAGGACAGAGAAUGGGUCUCGUACGACACACCACAGAGCGUCAUGGAUAAAGCAAACUACAUCAAGGAGAAGGGUUUGCGUGGCGCCAUGAUAUAUUCUCUCAAUGCAGAUGACUAUGAAGGCGUGUGUCAGGAGGGGCGCUGGCAGGAGGAUUCCAAGUUUCCACUUUCGCAGUCCGUUAAAAACACUUUAAUCUACAACAGCACUCGCGAGUCGCGCGGCCGUUCGCGCGACUAGAGCAGACGGCGACCUCACAGCGAUCAAGUUGCGAUAGAGAACACGUUCCGCAAACAUUUAACAUUGUUUAAGUUACCUGCUUUUUUUUUGCGACAUAAGUUAUUUUAUACAUGGUGCAGUUUUUCAUAGUUGGUCUCCGUAGGUACUAGGCAGGCGCGGCCAGUGGACACGUGACACUGAGUUGGGGACGGGUGUCGGACGGCGGCGGACGGCCGUGGAGCGCCCACGCCGGUGAUGGCGCGGGCUCGCCUCGCCUCGCACUGCGCGCCGAACUCGCACUGCUCACCCACACGGAACCGCACGCGCGCAUUCAUUACGAUACCUAAUUAACUUUUACAGUUGGAAAAUAAUAGUAUGUAAGAAUGCCAGCACUGCUGCAGCCGCGCCGAGCCGCCGAGAGGGGGUUUCCACUCCAGCGGCUCUGACCAACACGCUCUUAGUUUCUUAUGUUUCCGAGCGUUCGUCGUGUGGCGCAGAAGCAUUAUGCGCAUUCCUGAUUUUUGUGCAUUUUCAGUGAUAGGCAAAUGCCUAUUAUCACGCUGCUUGAUUCUCUGUGUGCUAUCAUAACAUGUUCUCACCUGUUGUGACUGCAUACUUAAUUGAGGUCCCAAGGGAAUUGUUUAAAUAGUAUUCGAGUGCACCAAAUUAAGUAUAUGUAAAUUACUUAUACAUUUUUGUCUAUAAACAACAUCAGACGACAUUGAUCGGGCUGCCGUCACCAUAUUAGAGCGGCCGCUAUAAGUGGGUGCAUGGCGAAUGCAAACCUUCCUGCACACGGUUAUGUUGAGGUUUGAUCUCCAUUUGUUUUUUAAUGCUUACUGCCAAGGAUAUUUUAUAAUAAUACCUUUUAAUGGUCCUCAUGCAAUGACCAUAUUGAAGCCUGACGAAUGUGAUGACGUAUGUCAUGUUCUUAGUGCUUAUCUAUUUUGUUUCAUCGCAGAUUAUUAUUGUCUUAGCACUGUUUAGCUUUUACUAGUGUUUAAUAUUAUAUGUGUUGAUAAGGCUAUGGAUACAAGUACCGGCCUAAUGUACCAUCAGAGUAACGAUACGAGUUAUGACUAACCAAAGUAAAGUACAAGCAUUAUAUUGUGAUAAAUGAAUUUAAGUAUUGGUCAAAAUAGAUAAAUAUAUUUUACAGUUGUGUCAACUA